GCUUCCGCGGGGCCUCCUCUGAACUGUACGCCUGUUGCUUGUAAAGCUAUCUAGAGGUGGGAGAGUGGCUCGCGGGCCGCCGAGGCCCGGAGACGAGUUCUUGGGGAAAGGGUCGGUGAGGUCGGCGCCCCGUGUGCUUCAGACCUGCCUGUAGCGCGCCCGGCGCAGGACCUCAGGGCCCCGCGGGGGCCAGCGUUUCGCGGCAGAUCGUCUUUCCGGUUGGGCAAGCGGCCCAAGCCCGCGCGCGGCCAGUUUGUGGCCAGAGGGCUGGUUGCCCCGGUAACGCGGGAGCAGGUCCGGGGACGCGCGCCCGUAGGCCAGGUUCGGGCAGAAGGAAGCCGUAGCAGAGCCCGCCUGGAUCCCGGCCCUUCACUGAGCUGGGGUCCCGGCCGUGACUUCCGGAGGGGCGCGGGAGCGGGACUGCCCACCUGUGCGCGCCUCUCCCUGUCCACCCCUACCCAGGCGGUCUCGUGAGCCCCAGCCGCCUCGAGCCUUCUGCGUCUUCCGCGCUGUCCCCAGAGUGGCGGUGCCAUGAAGCCCAACUUCUCCCUGAGACUGAGGGUCUUUAACCUCAACUUUUGGGGCAUUCUCUACUGGAGCAAGCACCGGGUAGACCGCCUGCAGCGCCUGGGAGACUUUCUGAACAUUGAGAGCUUUGACCUGGCUCUACUGGAGGAGGUGUGGAGUGAGCAGGACUUCGAGUCCCUAAGACAGAAGCUGUUGCCCACGUACCCAGCUGCACACUACUUCAGGAGCGGAGUCUUUGGCAGUGGCCUUUGCGUCUUCUCCAAACACCCAAUCCAGGAACUCACCCAGCAUGUCUACACCCUCAAUGGCUAUCCCUACAUGAUCCAUCAUGGUGACUGGUUCAGUGGGAAGGCUGUGGGGCUGGUGGUGCUCCAUCUAAGUGGACUGGUGUUCAAUGCCUACGUGACCCACCUCCAUGCAGAGUACAAUCGACAGAAGGACAUCUACCUAGCACAUCGUGUGGCCCAAGCUUGGGAACUGGCCCAGUUCAUCCACCACACAUCCAAGAGGGCAGACGUGGUUCUGUUGUGUGGGGACCUCAACUUGCACCCAAAAGACCUGGGCUGCCGCCUGCUGAAAGAGUGGACGGGGCUACAGGAUGCCUACCUUGAGACCCAGGACUUUAGGGGCUGUGAUGAAGGCUGUACGAUGGUACCCCAGAACUGCUACGUCAACCAGCAGGAGUUGGAGCCGUAUCCCUCUGGCAUCCGCAUUGACUAUGUGCUUUACAAGGCAGUUUCUGGGAUCUACAUUUCCUGUAAGACCCUCAAAACCACUACAGGCCAUGACCCUCACAAUGGUACCCCCUUCUCUGAUCACGAGGCUCUAAUGGCGACUCUGUAUGUGAGGCACAGCCCCCCCCAGCACAGCCCCAGCCCUACCCAUGGACCAGCAGAGGUGUCACCAUUGAUCACUGUGCUGAAGGAAGCCUGGACAGAACUGGGUCUGGGCAUGGCUCAGGCUCACUGGUGGGCUGCCUUCGCUAGCUGCGUGAUCGGUCUGGGGCUGCUUCUCCUGGUGUUGCUGUGUGCGUUGGUGGCCGGAGGACAGACCGGGGAAGUUACCUGGCUGCUCUUGAGCCCCAGCGUGGGACUGGUGCUGGGAGCGGGUGCAGUCUACCUCUUCCACAUGAAAGAGAUCAAAGGCUUAUGCAAGGCCCAAGCUGAGCUCCAGCAUGUGCUGAGAAGAGCCAAGGAAGCCCAAGACCUGAGCGUGGUGUCUCAGCCAGCCCAACAGGAGGACAGAGCUGAAGAACAAUAAAACUUGACACACUUUA